GCACCUGAUCGUCUAAUUAGUUGGUUGGUAGUUUAAGCAAUUCGUGAUUUUCAUAAAAUUUUUAUAAAAGUUCGCUCAAAGUUAACGUUUUAAAAGAUUUCCUUAUCAAAAAGUUUACAAUGAACAUUGAAAUUGCAAAGGCGGGCUGGUUAUUUCGUCAAAGUACCAUCCUGAAGCGGUGGAAAAAGAAUUGGUUUGUUCUGUACAGAGAUGGCAGUUUCAAAUACUACGAGGACCGCCAACAUAAUUCAGCAGAAGAUGUCAUCGAAAUGAAUGUCGACUGCAGUGACGUCUUCUCCGAAGUUCUACAUGUGACCCCGCCACAUCAUCUAGAUGCCUCUUGCUUAUUUUCAUUGAAGAAAGUCAAUGGUGAUGUCUGGCUUCUUUGUGCUGAGAACAUUGACGACAAAAAAGCAUGGGAGUUCGUGUUGAAUGAUGCUCGUCUGCUCCCACCAUACAUUCCGCCCCCUCCUUACAACGUGGCAUACCCCAACAACCACUAUAAUGUUUAUGACGGGGUAACGUACACCUCCAUGCCUGCAUAUUACCAACAGCAUCAGAUUCCUUACGACCACCACUACCAGAACAGCAUUCCAACAAACACGACGACCAUCAUCUAUGCCAACCAGCCCCCGUACUAUUACAGGAGGCCAGUAGAUGGCGCUGAUGUUGCCAUGGGUGUGGUCGCUGGGGCUGCUGGUUUUGAAAGUUGGGAUUUUGGAUUGCCUUUUGAUAAGGAGAUAAUACUAUGGUUAAACCUUGAUAGUUCAUUUUUAAUAACUGUGAAACAUUAUUCAGAAUUAAAACUAUUUGUAUAAGUAUGGUUUUUAUAAUUUACAAUAAAUAUUUUAAUUGAUUCAUUUGUUUUUCUAUUUAUUAAUUUAGAAUUUAAUAAAUUUGUCGUUGUACAUAUUCAUCAUUUUGUUUUAAUUAUUUAAUAUUUUUGUAAUUAAUUUUUGUUUAUAUAAAAUAAUUCGCCUUUAUUUUUCUUGAUCAUUGAAUCAUUUUUUUCACUAUAAUUUGUAUUAUUUAUUCAUAAUACAAUUUGUUGUCAAUCAAUUUCAAGUCAAUUUUUGCUUUUAAUUUUUCUCUUUUUGUAUAUAUUAUUUAGAUAAUAAAUAUUAAUAAAUAAUAAUUAUAUUAAUUAAAAUAUUAUCAUCAUUAAUUAUUACAAUUGAUUUAGGUGUGAUAUAUUUGCUUGUAUAAAAAAACAAAUUUUUCAUGUAUCAAAAUUUCUUUCAAAUUUUUGCAAUAAGGCAUUUAUUUUUUGUUGAUGUAGCUAUCAAUGUAGUUCCAUAAAUUUAUAUAUUUCCAAUUAAUUAUUAAUAAUUUAAUUGAAAUUAUGUUCCUGGAAAAUUGUUUUUAAAUUUUAACAACUAUGUAUAUAUCAUUGAAGAUAUCUGUAAACAGUUUCUCCCCUGUUUAUUCUUUCUUGAUUGACGUCCUGAAGUGCGUCUCUGAUAGCAAAAAUUAUUUUUUUACACUCAUUGAUAUCUGCUUGCAGUUGGCGUUUGCGUUGAAAUUCAAUUCAAUAUAACGAUGUACUAUUAUAUCGAAUUUCGUUUUUAACCUCUAUAUAUCGUAUGUUCAUUUAUUUCGAAUAUCCUGCUUAUAUCGAAUUUUAAUUUUUGAAUUGUAUGUCAAAAUAAAAGGUAUCUUACGUUCUGAAAGGCUAACGAGCGGCGUUACAUGUUUAUGUAAUUAGAGUACGCUUAUUUCGAACUUGAAUUUUAAAGGUUUAUUACCCUACUUUAUAACGAAGAUUUAGUUUAUGUUAAUUGGAUGGCAAUGUUAUCUAUUAUAUAUGAUAUUUUAGUUAGAUUUUAUUGUAAACGAUAUCGCUGAUAGUUUAAUACGUACAUACAUCUUCAUCUAUUGUAACAUAAUUUGUUUUUUUUUGGGGGGAAUAAAACGUUCGCAAAACAUU